GAGAUUGAAGAUACGGAUAGACUGGUGCCAUACUUUCCAGCUAAACCCGGUGAAUUCACCAAUUAUGGAAGAAUGUUUGUCAACACAAAGAAAAUGGAUGAGGAAAACAAGUUCGUUGUCUAUACUCUCGAAGUUUUGCCAGACGGUUGCUCUAACAGCCUCCUACUGAAACUCAUAAAAGCAAAAAGUGAUAGUGGAAAAUCGCCGUCAACCACUAUGAUAUUACGCAUGCUGCGCAUAGUCGGAUCAUCUGAAAGAAUUGCCACUGGACCAGUCGUGGUGCACUGCGUAUCUGGUGUGGGAAGAGCUGGAACUGUUAUACUCAUAGACGUCAUACUGCAACGUUUAUUUACCAACCAACUACCGGUUGACGUAGGUCUUAGACAGUUCUUCCAAUGCUACUGCUAUUGUCUGAAGUUGCAAUCUGUAGCUCGUAGAAAUGUUUCGUCACCUUCGCGAUCAGAGAGCAUCAUGUUUACAAAGGGAAGCACAAUUUUUAUUUGUUGUCGCGAGUGUCAUCGAUUAUAUAGGAACUAG